CAGACUUUGAGGGAAUCGUGUCGGGAAGAAGAGUGCAAAUGGUGCUGCUGCACCUCCUUUCCUGGCAACCCCACUUCAAAAAGGUGGAGGUAACAGGAUUCCAGCUCACUGCAACGAUUUGAGGAUUAACAAUACACCUGAAAAGAAAGACAGUGCUUAUGUUCACCAUAAUGGCACCUGUAGGUGUGGCGAAGCUGCGGGCCCGACUCUUUCUGCUGUUUCUUUGCUUGACACUACGUGCCGGCAUGCUUCAGUUCACUACAGCCACGAUACAAGGGUAUAUUGGGGAGAGGGACAUGAUAUGCCCAUCUGUAUGCAGGUGCGAUGAGGACUUUAUCUACUGUAAUGAUCGUGGCCUGAGCUCCAUCCCUUCACUGCCUCCUUCGGCGUCCAUCCUCUACUUUCAGAACAACCAGAUAAACAACCCGGGUUUGCCCACCUCCUUGGAGCGCCAGCUUGCCAUCCGUGUGGUCUACCUGUAUGAUAAUGAACUGGAUGAAUUCCCUGUGCACCUGCCACCAUCUGUUCGUGAACUGCAUUUACAGGACAACAACAUACGCACUAUUCCUCGUAGUGCGCUGGGUCGGAUGCCCUUGCUAGAGAAGCUCCACUUGGACGACAAUUCAAUUUCCACCGUCAGCAUUGAGGACCAGGCCUUUGCUGACAACCCACGGUUGCGCCUACUGUUUCUCUCCCGCAACCACCUGUCCAGUAUCCCCUCAGGACUGCCUGCCUCACUGGAAGAACUCCGUCUGGAUGACAACCGUAUCUCCACUAUUCCAACCCACGCCUUCCGAGGCCUCGUUUCACUUAGAUGUCUUGUCCUGGAUGGGAACCUUUUGGCAAAUCAGCGCAUUGCGGAUGACACAUUCUCCCGCCUUUCCAACUUAACCGAUUUGUCCCUAGUCCGUAACUCCCUCCAGACCCCACCUAUCAACCUGCCCAGCACACAUCUGCAGCGCCUAUCUCUGCAGGAAAAUGCCCUGACUCAUAUGCCACGGGGUUCCUUGGAUGGCAUGCACAGGCUGCUGAGGCUGGAUCUGUCAGGAAACAACUUGACCACUCUGCCGAAAGGACUGUUCAAAGACCUGGACAGCCUGGGCCAGCUUCUGGUGCGAGGCAAUCCUUGGCACUGUGGCUGCAACCUGCGUUGGCUGUAUGACUGGCUGCAUGCCCGCGGCAACUCCAUCACUGUCAGAGGUCUCACAUGCCAUGGGCCUGACAGGGUGCGAGACAUGGCUUUGAUAGACCUGACCAGCGAGAUGGAGGAGUGUGAGGUGGUGAGGACAGCAGGGACCAGAGACAGAGUGGGCGGCAGUGGAGUCGAUAGCUCUACCACUCACACCCCUCCACAGGGUUCUCUCUUCACCCUCCGCUCGAAGCGACCUGGCCUGGGGCUUCCUGACUCUGGCUUAGACUACACUCUUAGCAGCAGCGGUGUGGGGAAGAGCUUGGCUCUCAACGUGAAGCCUCUCUCUCACAACAGUAUCCGUGUUACCUGGAGCGUAGCCCAGCCAAGCUCCUCCUUCAGGCUAAGUUGGCUCCGACUGGGCACUGGUAAUGCCAUGGGAUCAAUCACGGAGACUCUUGUCCGGGGUGACCGUCGUGAGUACCUCCUUACCUCUCUCCAACCACGCUCCAGCUAUAUCAUCUGCAUGGUACCCCUCGCGGCCAGUUCAGAAAGCAAAGGGACAAUUUCUGGAGAUCCUGACCCUGAUGAAGCUCUCGUGUGUGCAAAAGCUGAGACGUCUGACCUCACCCCUGUGGAAGAGGAAGAGAAUGAAGACUCAAAGCAUAUGACCGUCCUGCCACUGGCAGGGAUUAUUGGUGGGGCUACCGCCAUUGUAUCUUUGGCUCUUAUUUGCUGCAUCUUUUGUUGGUAUGGGCACAGGACUGGGCAUUUGUGCUCUCGUGACCACUACACUCGCAGCAACUCCCGAAAAAACAAGACAUAUGAUGAUUACAUUGAGUCAGGCACAAAGAAGGACAAUACCAUCUUGGAAAUCCGCAGUCCAGGAUUCCAGAUGACGCCUAUGGCGGCUUGCCAACCAAUGCAGCCGAAACCCCUCCGAGAGGAUUACAUCAUUCAUACCAUAUUCCCCUCCAAUGGCACUGGCCUGUACAAAAGUGACACCCAUGUUUCUAAUGCAGGACAUGGCACCAACCGCGGCUAUAGAGAAGGGGAAAUCCCAGAUAUAGACUACUGUUACACAUGAUGUACUGUACCAGAUCCUAUUCACAGUGUUAUUAUUGGUAAGCUGUAUAGAUGCACAAUUUCCCUUCGCAUGGACACUUCUGAAGCACCCCUCUGUGCCUUCUUUUUCUGGUCUCCCAUUCCAAAAUACCUGCUGUUCCCUGCACUGGAAGUACUGUGUGUGAUUAACUGGAACUGCAACCAUGUGAGAACAGUUCACUGCAGGAAGCAGCAGCCAGUGCCCCAGGUGUAAAUGCACAGCUGACUGUUUCUUCUCCAUCUUAGUAAUGGCCUGUGUAUUUUUUCUGUUCUGCUCUUUCCGUGUGACAUGUAAGCAAAGAAUGUAAACACUGUGGAAAGGUCAAACUUAGCAUAGGUGCUAAGUUGAGAGUUCCUCUCUCACACACAGGAGCCACAGCAGUCAAUUCAUAAUGGAUUAAGACAUAAUGAGAUGACAUUUUUGUUACUCUUUCCCUGUUCACCAAUCAUAAACAGUAUGUAGUCUUCUCAAGUAAUUGUUCCGAAUGCCUCAACUAUAUUGAUGUGCCCGACCAGCUAUCCAAGGAAAGGGCUUUGUAAAGCUGUGAAUUGUUCUAUUUCAAACGACCCAAUAACCACUUGUCUUAAAGUAGGCUUGUUAUUACUUUAUUCAGUAGUUGGCAGGGUGAAGAUCUUAUCAUGGCUGGUCGGCCUUGGUUAUACCUCUCGAGAUCAUUCAACUAAGGUCAGUAUUGUAGUGUUGCAUCAGAUGAGAUGCAGCAAAGGCGUGUAGAUAAUUUACUUAGAUACCGACUGGGCUGUGUUUGAAAUAUGCUAUGAUAUUUUUAUCCGUGGUUUGUUUAGUAAUCAAAUCCUGCACAGCUCUUAUUAUUUAUUUAAUUUCGUUGCUUAUGUGAUGGUUUGUGAUUUUGUCUCUGUUAAAACUGAUUUUUUAUUUUAUUUUCACCCUUACUGAUGAAACCCGGCUUUAAAGACAAAAUACAGAAAGUGAAGAAAAUAAUUCUGAAUGCUAUCUCCAGGUUCAUGUUUUCUUAAAUGAAGCAGAGUGGAUUCUCAAGUGAGGCUGUUUAUAUUAUGUCAUUUGAAAAAUUAGACUCCUCCCAAAGACUAGCAUGUCAGUCCACCAAGACAGUGGAGACCAACCUCAACCUCUCUCUUCCUAUGUUGUGCCUGUGUGCUUAGCCUGUGACUUCAGUUGGUAAAUGUUGGUUACAAAAUGCUUCCCUCACAUUUUUAAAGGCAUUCACAGAGAAUCCAGACUGGACAAAUUACUGAUGCGGAGCUUCCCGUGUGAGGCAGACUCUUGUAAGUGAACCUCGAAAUGAGGGUGAGAACUGUGGAUGAAACUGAGGAGAUUUAAACCGCAACACUGUUGACCUGCACUGUGGAGCAGUGGCCAAUCUGUGGGAGGGUGCACGAAUGGACUGUCGGGGUAGUUUGAAGGUGGGGUGACUUCUCAGUGAGAUGAGUUCAAUGAUGUUUGUUUUAGUAAUGGUAAAAAGGCCUCUUCUCAUUCCACCUCUUUUAUUACUGAGCAGCACUAAAAAUGUUAAUGUAUUAGCACUUAGCAGAGGAAUAGGGAUAAAUGUAACGACAGCCACGGUGAGACGGAGGCGAAAGAAACAUCUACAGGCACUGACAAAGAUGGAGAAUUGAUGGCUCUGGCGCAGUGGAGUUCACCCAUGCAUAAAUCUGUUUGUCAUAAUCAGCUUCUCCCCUUGGGUUUAAUAUUGUCCAUCAGCUGUUUACCACUGUGUUGCUUCUAACGGGGAAACCAAUUGUGCUUCCUUGACUGUUCUGUCCACCGGAGUUUUACACUGGUAUCAGACAAUAUGUCAGUGGAAUGUAUUUUAACUUGCACCUGAAAUCACUGGUUUAAACAUCUUACCGGCCAAUUCUGUUUGGGGGAAUGUUGAUAUAGUGUAAUUGCUACUUUACAGUCGGUCAAUUCAAGACACAUACUUCCUCAUCAUUUGUAUAAAUAAAGCCAUGGCCACAGCCACAUAAAUAUUUUUUCUGGUGAAAUUAUAGAAAGUAAUAGUGCCAUAACUUUGCUUAAAAAAGAAAUAAUUAUGUGUACCUGAGAUAUGUGUGGAAUUUUCUUUACAAAUUCAUCUUCAGAGGGGAUCAAUAAAACAUUUUAUAAUCUU